UCAUCAUCUGCCAUCAAAGCCUCAUGCCAACUUGACCUUUUUCUGUUCCUUCUGCGUGCUCACCUUCCCACUUCCCUCUUCUUCUUUAUCCUCAGCCUAAUCCACGCUUCUACAUCUGCAUCUGCACAUUGCUUCACAUUCUUGUGAUUCCUCGCUUUGUCUUUCUCUUACUGUUCAUCGGUCUGCAUCUCUUGAGGCCAUUCUUCCGUUUUCAGCGUUCUGUUUUGGGACUGUCACUUGUAUCAACUCGACACAGACAUAGACACAGACACAGACACAAGACACAAACAACCUUAAAUCGGCACUAUUUGUACAAUGAGUGUCGACUUCGCCUCCGAGGACACGCAAAACUCUCUACCAGGUCUAUCCAUGAUGGCUGAACCACACAAGUUGAACACUGUCUCUAGAAAGGCUGACACGCAGUCGGUCACAAAGCGACUCCAGUCUGAAUUAAUGACCCUCAUGAUGUCUCCUACUCCUGGCAUCUCCGCAUUCCCCGGCGCCGAUGGCAAUUUGCUACACUGGACCGCCACCAUCAUCGGUCCCAAGGGCACUCCCUACGCCGAUCUAAACCUCAAGCUGAGCUUCGAAUUCCCCGGCAACUACCCUUACGCCGCUCCUACGGUCCUUUUCAAGACCCCCAUCUAUCAUCCCAACAUUGACUUCAGCGGAAGAAUAUGUCUCGACAUUCUAAAGGACAAGUGGAGCGCAGUCUACAAUGUUCAGACCGUCUUGCUGAGUCUUCAGAGCCUGCUAGGGGAACCCAACAAUGCCAGUCCCCUGAACAACGAAGCCGCUCAAAUCCAUCAACGAGACCCGGACGAAUAUCAGAGAAAAGUGCUGGCACGACACCAAGAUAUUGAUGAUUAGAUUCCACCUGGAAACCCCGGCUACACAUGAUUUGCGGACAGGGGAUACAUGCCUCCCUACCAAGCAUCCUUGAACGGCGUGUCAUGUAUUUGGCGUUGGUGUCCAUGGAGGUCAGGUGUUAGCAGUCCAGCCUUCUCACUCUUAUCAUCCGCAUUGCUAUCAGGACCAGGACGUUGCAUGAGAAAAUGAUUGACCGACCGAGUGUUUCUGGCCAUUGCCGUAUGCUACCAGCUCUAUCCUAGUCAAUAUAAUGUACAUGAUGAGAAAUCUGG